AUGCGCGAAUCCAAUUUUCACUUUCCAUCAACCAACAAGGCAUGCGUGUCUAUCACAUCCGCACUCUACGAUCGGCGAGCGCUCGACUGCACAGCAGACCUGCCUCUAGUCAACUCACUGUCGCAUCUUAAUUACCUCACAUCGUCCUCGGCGCGAAUCCGCGAAAUUCUUACCACUGACGGCGGCCUCGAGCGCCUCGUGCGAAUUCUGCGCACCACGCGGGUGACCGAGGAUACCCUGCAUAACUGGAAGUGGACCAUGGCCUUCCAGUGUGUUGUGAACGUUGGCGUGCGAGGCACAACCGAUAUAAGGCAGCGCGUGGUUCAGGUUGGCGCCGUGCCGAUACUUGUCGAGAUCUUACAUGCCUACUCGGAUGUCACGGCACAAGGCGCUCACGUUGCCAUUCCCGGGACGCACAUGCCUUACAACAGCAAUGCCUACCUUUACAGUGAGCAGGAGCGGCUCCAGGCUGAAUACGACGCAGCGCGCCGCCGACUGCAGGCGAUCAACCACGUAAUGUAUCGGCACGACGACGUGGUGCUUACACUGCAGCUCCUUGCAUACCUGACCAAAACACCCUCCCAGCGCCAGCUGCUCCACGAAUGCCCGCUGCUUUCUGCCCAUAUCCGCAUUCCGAGCGGCACCGAUGUAGAGCGAUUCACCGUGCAGCGGGCAUUCCCCUCCGACAUGGUCUACUGGUCGGCCAUCGUGAUGCGCAACAGCUGCCGCCGCGACGAAGCCCGCAACAAUUGUCGCCAGUGCGCCUAUCUCAAGUGUCAAAAGUGGGAGGUGCGCCAAAACGAGUUUGCAAAGUGCCGGCGCUGCCGCAAAGCCAAGUACUGCAGCAAGUCGUGCCAAAGCAAGGCGUGGCAAGAGGGUCACCGCAACUGGUGCAGCGAGCGCAAC